AUGGCUUUAUUUCUUCAUCUUCGUUUGCGCCACAAAGAUAGUCGUCGCGUGUUGCUCGAUUUUGCGAAACAUCUCUUAAAAUUUAUCCCAUCUCAAAAAAAAUUGAAAGAUUGUGAGAAUUUUGGGCAACAAAAAUUCGCGAAGAAGGAAGCGAACGAACGUAAGAUGUCUUCCGCCAGAUCCUCCGCCCGGGAACUCAGACGGCAUGUUCAAAAAACUUAUCUGCGUCGGGACGGGGGAAUGACCACUCUGGGUCUUCUUCUCAAAGAAGAAGGAAUUGUGAUUGCUGCUGAUCAUCCAUACGACGCCGAACCCAACAUUUUUCAACUGAAUCAUUGCAUGGUGGCCACCAUUUCCGGAGGAAAAGACAGAGGAAGAGACACUUCGUCGUUCACAUCUCUGAUCACAUCUCUGCAACAUCGGGCUCGACAUGUAACUUUGGUUAAGGAUCUGGUGGACUGGCUGGCUAGCACUAUUUCAGCUGAGAAAGAGUAUUAUUCGUCAGUAGGAAUACUUAUUGCCGUGUGGAACGAAUCGGAGCGUGCUCUGUAUAAAGUGAAUGGUAAUGGGGUAAUUACUAAAAAUGAUGUACUUGCUACUGGAUCUGGUUCAAAAGUAACAAUCUUUGUGAAACAGAAGAACAGAUUCAUAGAGUCUGGAAUGUCUAUACCCGAUGCCAAAGACCUUGCCAGAAGGGCUAUUUGCAUUGUUGCAUAUGAGGCUCCUCAUUAUGGGGAUUUUGUUAGUGUUUGGCACCUCGGAAGUGAGGGCUUCCAAAUGCUCCUUAAGGAGGAUAUGGAAGAAUUUCAUAGCCACCUGCCUUGUACGGCCAGGACCCAGGUUAUUGGAGAAGGAUGGUGA